AUGGUCGGUACAGGAGGCCCAGUUGACACUUUCAGUGUUUGGGAUUAUGUGGUUUUUGCUGGGACUAUUUUGGGAGCUGCAGGCGUUGGGCUUUUCCAGGCGAUUCGAGGCCGAAAGGAGUCCAGCAGUGAAGAGUUCUUGUUGGGGGGACGACAGAUGACAGCGGUGCCAGUGGCCAUGUCUCUCACUGCCAGCUUCAUGUCUGGUAUCACAGUCAUCGGCACACCUGCUGAAGCUUACAGCUUUGGCGCUGCCUUUUGGCUUUUUGGAUUUGCAUAUGCCAUCAUGUCUAUCAUCACAGCAGAGAUAUUUGUGCCUCUGUUCUACCGACUGGGCAUCACCAGUGCCUAUGAGUACUUGGAAAUGCGCUUCAGUCGACCCAUUCGUAUCAUCGGGACAUCAAUGUACAUUGUACAGACGGCGCUCUACACUGGUCUGGUCAUCUAUGCACCAGCACUCGCCUUGAAUCAAAUCACUGGACUGGAUCUAUGGGGAGUGCUUGUGGCAACAGGAGCAGUGUGCAUUCUUUACUGCACUUUGGGAGGUCUAAAGGCGGUGAUCUGGACCGAUGUGAUGCAGAUGGUAGUGAUGCUAGCUGGAUUUGUGGCAGUAAUAGCCAGAGGUGCCGUGCUCCAGGGAGGCUUGAGCCAGGUGUGGAAAGACGCAGAAGAAGGAGGACGUCUGAACGCGUUUGACUUUGAUCCAGACCCUCGAAAACGCCACACGUUCUGGACAAUUGUUUUUGGGGGCAGUAUAAUGUGGGUGUCCAUAUACUCGAUAAACCAGUCUCAAGUGCAGCGUUACAUCUCCUGCAAAACGCUGAGACAUGCAAAGAUGUCCCUGUACGUGAACAUGGUUGGACUAUGGGUGACUGUGAGCCUGGCCAUGUUAUCUGGACUCACCAUGUACUCCAUAUAUAAGAAGUGUGACCCACUUACAAAUAACGAUGUCACUACUUCAGAUCAGCUUCUUCCAUAUCUCGUCAUGGAUAUCCUGGCCGACUAUCCUGGGAUCCCAGGCCUGUUUGUGGCAGCUGCCUACAGUGGAACUCUGAGCACCGUAUCCUCCAGCAUUAAUGCCUUGGUGGCUGUAACAAUGGAGGACUUCAUUGUUCCGCUGUGGAAAAACCGCACACAGAGACAAGUGACUUGGAUGAACAUGGGCCUCAGCGUAUUCUUUGGAGGAUUGUGUAUUGGAAUGGCAGGAGUUGCAUCAUUAAUGGGAAGUGUUUUGCAGGCUGCCCUGUCCAUCUUUGGCAUGAUCAGUGGCCCGCUCCUCGGUUUAUACCUCCUAGGAAUGUUUUUCCACACACCAAACUCGAUAGGCAGUCUUUCUGGUAUGAUCAUCGGCCUGGUUCUGACUUUGUGGGUUGGUAUUGGAGCGCAGCUUUACCCCCCAACAGCUGACAUGACUCUGCCUCUUGGAGUUACCACUGUGGGCUGCAACAGCACAAUGAGCCAAAACACAACGCAGGCGCCAUGGACCAGUGCAGUGACGAUGACCACACAACCUUCUGUGAGGCCACCUCUAGCGGAUUCCUGGUACUCUCUGUCCUACCUGUACUUCUCUGUCCUUGGUGCAGCGGUCACAAUUAUUUCUGGAUAUCUGAUUAGCAUGGCCACAGGAGGAUGCAAUCAAGAAAAACGUCACCCAGAUCUGUUUGUGAAGAAGACUGAUCUGUUUUAUUUCAGUUUCUCGAACACAUCAAAGGAUAAAGAUAAGAUGUUCGAAGGAAUUCACAACAAGGCCUUCACUGAAUUACCUCCUGACAUUUUGGACAAAGAUAAAGAACUGACCACCAAGCUAUAA